AUGGAGAGGCAGACAGACGCGUUCGAGAUGUUCCAGAGUGCCAUAAACGCCGCGGGAUCGAGUACCGGCCGAACACGUGAGGAUGUAAUGUUAGAGAUGAUAGCAGUGUUAUUGAAACGUACUGAAGAGCCAAAAGUUAUUUUCCACGCGGAGGCAGACUUCACAAAGACCAUAGGGUAUAUCAAUGGUGGAAAAGGUGGUGUAGCCGCAGAGGAGUGGCUUGAAAAAUUAGACAGCACCAAGACUAUGCGAAACUGGCCGGACAACAUCAUUUUGGAACAUGCGCGGAGCCUACUGAUUAAUGGUGGCCGUGAUUGGUAUGACAUGAAGCAGCAGAACCUGAAAUCUUGGGAUGAUUUCAAAAAGCACUUCAGGAAAGCUUUCAUCCUAAGCGGAGAGAAUCUAACCGCUAAAUGGGAAAGGAUGAGAAAGCGGAAGCAGCUGAAGUCUGAGGAUGCCAAUGCGUAUUUUCAUUCCAAAACAAAAUUGUGCCAGGCAUUACACAUGAGUUUCGAGGAGACGAAACAACAAGUACUCAAUGGACUGCUAGACAAGCAGCUAUAUGGUAUUUUAGCUGCUGAGAAGCACACGGAUUAUGACGAACUUGGUACUAGUAUUUUAAAACACGAAAGUGCAUUAAACGAUUUAAAGUUCGGGUCGUGUGAAGGCAGUCAAACACGAUAUGCACCCACCACGAAAGUGAAGUGUGAGGUUAAAGAAGAAGGUGAACAAACCCGAAAAAGAGAAGUAAAAUGCUACCGAUGCAGGAAGGUAGGACACUUUUUGCGGGAUUGCCCAGAAAGAAAUAAGAAGAAAACAGAAACCGACACGAAAAAUUCUAGUGGUGAAGUGAAGUGCAUUAUGGAUCAGAAGGAUCAGACAGGAAACAAAUACAUUAAAAGUGUCACCAUAGAAGACAAGAAAUUUAUGGCUAUGGUGGACGCAGGCAGUUCGGUAUGUACGAUUAAGACUUCAUUGGUGAACAAAGAAGAGUACAGAGUUGUACAGAGACCAAUGAUGAUCAAGAGCUGGGGGCCAGAAAACUUCAAAUUGGAGUCGCCAGCAGCAAUAAUGGUUACAAUGGAGGUGGACGGAGUCAUGGCGAAGGAUGUCCCUGUCAGAAUAGUGCCAGACGAUGCACAGACAGUGGAUGUAAUCAUUGGGCUUUCAUUUACAGAGUUAGCACAUGUUUAUUAUACUACGGAGAAUGGCAAACUAACAUUCAUGUAUAAUAGGGAUUACCCAUUUGCCAACAUGGAGGUGGAAUGCGCUGUACAGAAACUCAGAACCACCAGUGAAAUGACAUUACCACCAGAAACAAUAAAUCUUGUUCAAGUAACAGAUGAACAGACGGAGUUGACAGUUCCAGUAUUGAACUUGAGUCAUGAACCAGUAUUGUUACCUAAAGAAACUACAAUACUUACAGGACAAGUUGGGACAAUAAGUAGUCAGACGAAGCCUGAGAUGGAACCUAUUGUAGAAGCUGACUUGAACAUAGGAGAACAGCCUAGGGAAGUUAUAAAAGAAUUAAUAAUAAUUUUAAAUAAUUUUAGGUCAUGCAUCUCAAAGAACAUAUGGGAGUUGGGUCUUACCAGCAGCAUGACGAUAGACAUAAAGGAAAUAGCAGGUAGCCGACCUGUUAGAGCUAAACCCUAUCGAGCUAGCAACACAGAGAGACAAGAGAUCAGUCGCAUCGUUGAAGAAUUAAGGGAAGCUGGGAUUGUGACAGACACUGAAUCCCCGUAUGCAAGCCCAGUAUUAUUAACGAAAAAGAAGACUGGAGAGUCACGUAUGGUUGUAGAUUACAGGGCAUUGAAUAGGCAGACUGAACGAAUGAAUUUUCCAUUACCAAACAUGGAUGACCAUUUAGCUCUACUGGCAAAUAGUAAUAUGUUUAUCGUUUUAGAUCUGGCUCAUGGGUACUUCCAGGUUCCAUUAACAAAGGAAGCGAUGGAGAAAACGGCAUUCAUCACACCAGAUGAAACUGGACAGUUUACUAGGAUGGUGUUCGGAUUGAUGAAUGCACCUUUUUAUUUUUCCUUUCCUUUCGGAUGA